GACUAAUGAUAUUUACUUGACAGUUUGACACAGUUCUUCAUUUGACGUUUGUGACACAGUUUCCUAUUCGUAAAUCGUUUGACAAAAUUGACGUUUCACUUUCAGUUUGUUGAAGAAUCUUAUAUUUGUUGGACGUCGUAUUAGCUCGAAUAUUCUAACGAAGAUGCCGAACGUGGUGUUCUACUAUUUCCCCGUGAAGGCGCUGGGCGAGUCCAUCCGCAUGCUGCUCGCGUACGGCGGACAGGAGUUCGAAGACAAGCGGGUACCCAUGGAGCAGUGGCUGGAGUUCAAACCAUCGACUCCAUUCGGUCAGAUGCCGGUGCUGGAGAUCGAUGGAAAGAAGUACGCACAGAGUCUGGCCAUUGGACGCUACCUCGGCCGCAAGUACGGACUAGUGGGGGGCGACCUCGAGGAGGACUUCGAGAUUGACCAGAACGUCGAGUUCCUUAAUGAUAUUAGAGCGAAAGCGGCCGCCGUGCAGUACGAGCCCGACGAGGCGCUGAAGGCAAAGAAACACGCCGACUUCUCCGCUAACCUGUACCCCACACUGUUGGCCAAGUUGGACGAGAUUGUCAAGAAGAACAACGGGCAUCUCGCUUUGGGAAAGCUCACGUGGGCAGAUUUCGUGUUCGCCGGUCUUUUCGACUAUUUGAAGACUAUGCUGCAGAUGCCCGACCUGGAGAAGACCUACCCCAGCUUUAAGCAGCUCAUAGACAACGUAUUGUCGGUACCUAAGGUUAAGGCCUACGUAGACAGCGCGCCUGAGACCAGUUUUUAAAACUACCCGCAAUUUUAUACUUUUCGGAUAAUUUUUUACUGUUUUGGUUAUGCAGUUAUUAAUUUUUGUUGCUAUUAUGGUAAACAGUUACAGAUAAAAAAAUCUGGUAUUAUUGUCCGAUUGAGAAAAAGACUGUUCAUUAAUUUUUGGUAAAUUCUAUCAACAGAAAUUAUACUACAGUAAAAGAUUCAGUGGAAAUAGAGAACUCACUUUUUUUGAAGUGUGUUAAUGUUACUAUCGUAUAUAAGCCUAAUUCAGUAUUUAAAUCAGGCCUGAUUCUAAUUUCUGGUAUUAUUAAAGCAUUUCAUAUUAUGUAGUGUAUUAAAUAUACUCAGAGGCGCAAUUAUCCACCCACUUUAAUAUACUAUUAAUGAGGGCGGAUAAUUGUGCCUCUGAGUAUGUAACCAGUGCUAUGUCACCCAACUUGAACACUCAAAAAUUGGAGAAUUUUAAUUAUUCGAGAAUUUCAAAUUUAACAAUUAGAAUAUUUUAGAAUACUCGAGAACUUUAGUUUUGUGUAACUUGCACAAUAAAUAUUCGUUUAUAGUAUUAAGAAGUCCAACACUUGUGCCUGAAGUGUAUGAAAAGUGAGUGCUUUUCAUACACUUCAGGAACAAGUGUUGGACUUAGUAUUACAGUAUAUUUGUGUUAUAUUAGUUGCACUAAAAUAUUAUAUUUAAAAGAAAAAUGAUUAUUGUUACAAGUGAUAACAUAUAAUGUGCACUAAAUAGUGAAAUAAAACUAUUUUUGUGAA